GUCAUGACACUGUCUACCUAUCACGAUGCUCGGGCACGACACUUUUUCUUUCAACUUGGUUUAUGCUGUUAUAGUAUACCAUUUUGAACCUCGGCAACAAUCGCCACGGAGCUCGCCGCUCUCUCAAAGAAACAGCCCGGACAUAGACAACCCCGCCGUUGGCAGGAUUGCCAAGUCUUGGGGUAGCUCAGCCCUAUUCGCGGUCUAUGAGGAGAAGGAAUCAUCACUUGAGUUAACCGCGUUGCCGAAUCAACCUUCACGGUUCGGAGGUUUGCGACCUUCGACAACUCUCGACAAGAAAUAGGGGGUUAGAAAAGGGGCGAUUGCCCCACAAAUCGUUAUAUCCGCCCACCUCCCGACCCUCUUACACAGCUCACACCGCAUCCACCGCAUAUUCUUACCCAUCUUUCCAACCAACGAGAAACGAACUGGGUCCAGUAAACCCAAUCCCAGGUCGCCAUAGCCUGUGGUCACGGAUCGAGUAUUGCUUCUUCCUCUGGCAACUGUUUGGAAACACUCUUACUUGCAGCACAGUCUAGUUGAUCGCCCGCCAAGUGUAUGUAAUGCGUUUCAUGCCGGCAUAGGGAACCGCAAGAGGACAUCUACAACGAUACAACUCUGCCCCCCCCCAAGACAGGCCUUUGGCUGGAAUCCCGAGGCAGAUCCAUAUAGCUUUGCAGAUCCGUUUCUGGCCCCGAAGGUUGGGCUUGCUUUCUUUCUUCCACGCGAGCCACUUGUCCGGUUUGGGCUUUGUGAGAAACUGUUGUGCAAAGAGAUCGACUGCUCAAGAUGGUGUAUCUGGGUAGACCCUCCAAGGGUUGUCAGAUGUGUAGGACCAGGAGGAUAAAGUGCGACGAAACAAAGCCAACAUGCAACCAGUGUGCCAAGGCCCGUCGACAGUGUCCGGGAUACAGAGACGAAUUUGAUCUUCUACUUCGAAACGAAAACCAGGCGGCAGCCAGGAGGGCACUGAAAGCCAACACCGCCGCUGCUUCAUCCAGCAGCAGCAGCAGCAAGAAAGCCACUGCUUCCAACAAGAACGCACAACCGCACCCCCGGCAGCAGGCAUUACAACUCUCUAGAUCCCAGACAGCAGCACUCACCAACUCUCUCAGCAUCCCAGUUGAAGACCUCGCCACUUGUCACUUCCUAUCUAAUUUUGUUCUGGUCCCGCCGCAAGAACAACACUCGGCAAGAGGGUACAAUCACUUUCUGCUUCCCUUGCUGCAGCAGUACUCGAACGGCACGAGCAGAGAAGAAAUCACGCACCUCCAGCAUGCAUUCAACGCCUGUGCUUUGGCUUCACUGGGGGAGAGAUAUGGAGCCCCCAGCCCCGGCCGCGGGCAUGGGCGUUUAACAACAGGAAAAGAAAAGGAGACGCUCCUUCGAAAGGGGGCUGAAGAAUACACGCUUGCUCUGAUGGCCACAAAUGCGGCUCUGAGGGAUCCAGUUCGGUGUAAAGAGGAUGGAACCCUGGCAGCUGUUUUGUUGCUGGGAAUGUUUGAGAACAUCACCGCCAGACAAGACACGGGGUCAGCCUGGGGUUCCCACGUCGAGGGAGCAGUCCAGCUCGUCAAGGCCCGAGGGAAGAAACAGCUCAAGUCAAAGCUGGGGGUGCAGUUAUUUGUCGUUGUACGGUCACAGCUAAUCAUCCACAACUUCAUCACUGCCACACCCCUCCCCAUGGGGGUUUCAUGGUGGUUAAACGAGGAUGCAAACUCGGAUCCAACUGCCAAUGCGUGCGAGCGACUCAACCUCUUGACGGCCGAACUGAGAAGCGAGGUGUACGGCUUCUUCUCCAGCCCACUGUCGUUCUCCUCCUCGCCAGCAUCCAUCGCUGCGGUCGAAGAGUUCCUCGCUCGAGCUCGAGCCCUCGAUGCCGAGGCUGUCGAGUGGUUCGCCACUUUACCCCGGUCCUGGCAAAUCGAAUCCAUCCCGUAUUCGUCAUCCGGCAACGAGAAUAUUUUCCCUGGUGUUGUGCAUGUGUACCCGGAUAUGUGGACCGCAGCCAUCUUCAACCUCGCACGUGCUACUCGAAUGGUACUCAUGUCGAUCAUCGUGCGGUGUGCCGCGUUUUUGGUCCGGCCGGGAGACUAUCGGACCACGGCAGAGUAUGCCUUUGCCGCGAGGACGGCGAGCAGUGUGGUGAGUGAAGUGAUUGCGAGUGUUCCAUAUCAUCUUGGGCAUCUCCCGCCACGGAAAGACAAGAGGGGAAAUCCAAUAGAAAACAGUCUUAAUGGUAGAGGGUUGGGGGGGUAUUUCUUAACGUGGCCAUUGGCGUGUGUCGUUACUCACGAUCAUGUAACUGAUGCUCAACGGGAAUAUGUGCGGGGACGGUUGAGGUAUAUCGGGGAUGAGCAUGGGAUCAAGUAUGCGAGGGUGCUGUUUGGGGUUAACCUCAGGCUUCCGAGUAUGCUUAUCUUUAAGGAUGGAAAGCUUGCCGCUGCGGCGGCUGCAAGUAAAAUCCCGGGGGCGAACAGUAUUGGGGGUUCGGCCGGUGCUGUCAUGCGUGCGGCGGGUCUCACGAGUAGACUCAGAUCGGUGUGAGAAGGCAAGGAGGGGAUAGCCACAGCUUGUGUCUUUGGAGUUUUGUAUGAAUUGAAUACCCUGGUGUACAAGUAAUCCUGGUCCAUCAUGAAAUAGUCAUAAGUCAUUGAGAUGCUUUCUUUCCAUUUGGUCUCUAAUCAAACCAA